AAGUGUUGUAAUAAAUAUAAAAGUUAAAGCAAAAUGAUACAAAUACAAAAUAAAUAAAACAAAAACAAUUGUUUUAAACAAUUAAAAACUAUACAAAAAAACUAUCUUCUUAAAAAACAUAAAAAUUUAAGAAAAAAAAAUCUACUCUAAAACGAAAAAUCGUCUUAAACUUUAAAAACCCCACAACUUAGACUACAAAAAGUUAUUGAAAAGAAAAUAAACUAUAACAAAAUGGCAUUUUCCCAUUUAACAUUAUUAAAUAGGCCGCCUAAGGCUAAACAUCAAUUCAGUGUGGCCACCUUGUGUUUUGUUACCUUGACUUUGAGUACGGUGCCGUUGAAAGAAGUAGAGGCCCAAAGGCCUCUGCUAAAUCAUACCACCUACAAUACCAUACCCACAUCACAGCAUCACUAUAAACAGUUACGCAAUGGCCGGACUCAUGAUUUAAUUAUACCCCCUUCGACAGUGGCCUCUAUACCUCGAGGCCUUUUAUCGGGUGGUUUACCUCUUUACGAUGAUGACAUGGAUAGCACACGUUUACCUUCUUCUUUGGGUAGACGUGAUAAUAGAAGACGCAUUAAUUAUCAAUCCUUAGCCGCUAAUAUACCACGUGGUAACAGUGGCCGUGGUGGUGGCAUUAAUUCUUUACGCAAAGAACUCAUGAAACCUUCGGUGGGUGGUCCUGGUGGUGGCAUUAGUGGCAAUAGUCCUGGUUAUCCUUCUUACUCGGCCACCUCUGCUAUAGGGAAAAUAGAUGGCAUUGGUGGUGUCGGCCCGGCUCGUCCUUAUGGUGAAACUUUACAAAUGGCUCCCGGUUCUAUGUAUUCGACCAGUUCUCCCCCCUUUACCUAUUUAUCGAAUCCUCAAGAAUCCUCUAUACGCCAUAAACCCAAACAGAGUAGCAUUGCUAAACUUUGGAAAUUGAAUCAUGGUAAAAACAAUCAGAUUCAACAAUUUGGUGGUCCUAUGUCUCCCAAUGAUGAUCCUCGUGUUGAUGAUGAUAUUAUCCGUGAGGGUCACAAUGAUCCCUUGCAAGUGAUCAAGGAUGAGAUAAGAAUUUCACAACCACAAUCGAAUCCCUAUAUCAUCAAUACCGAGGCCACAUUUAAUACCGACAUUGAAGACCUAUUAGGAGUGCGUUGCACCUUUGAAACUCCCUGUGCCUGGAAAUGGACAGAAAAUCUCUCUGAUGGUUUUCACAUUAUGAGUGGUACUGAGGUUUCGAAAAAGAAUAUGACCGGUUUAUAUCCCGGCCCCUUAGCCGAUAAUAUCGAUGAUGCUAAUGGACAUUUCUUAUAUGCCCGCCUCUCGCCCACUACGCUACAAAUCAAUUUGACUUCACCACAAUUUAGCACCACCAUGGAGAAAUGUUUUCUCGAAGUUUAUAUGCAUCAAAGUGGCAUGACACAUGGUCUUUCACGUGUGGUGGUAGAACCUUUACAUUCGCAAGAAAGUUCUUGGGUGCCAGCGGAAAUUGUUGGUGAUAACUAUAGUCAAUGGGAAAGGAAAGUGUUUCGUUUGGGGCGUAUUUCUCGUGAUUUUCGAAUAGUCUUUGAAAUCGUGCCCAAACUAUUCGAGGGUCAAAAGGCUCAUGUGGCCAUUGAUAAUUUACGAAUGAUUAACUGUUUCCCUGAAGGAGCUAAAGCUGAGAAGUGUAGCACUUCCCAGGUGAAAUGUAUGAUGAAUAAAGUGCCAGUUUGUAUACCAUUACCAAGGAUAUGUGAUAUAACAAGGGACUGUGAUGAGGCCGAAGAUGAGCUAUUGAAUUGUGACAAAAUUCCCUUUGGAGCUAGAUGUGAUUUUGAAAAUGAUUGGUGUGGCUGGCGUGAUUCGGGACGUACGGUAUUAUCGUGGUCGCGUCACACCGGCUCUUCGCCUACAUUUGAUACCGGGCCCGAUAGUGAUCAUACCUAUCAGCAUUUACUCAAUUCCACCGUGGGCUAUUACAUGCUUGUGAACAUGAAUCAACAUAGCAAUAAUAGUGAAAAAGGUUCUUUAAUCGGUUUUGCUAGUAAUGCUAUAAUGAUAUCGCGCACAUUUAACCCUCCACCUACGGUGCAUGGAGAUCCCAAUUCGCCCUAUCGCAACUCCUGUGUCGUGCGUUUUUAUAUACAUCAAUUUGGUAAAAAUCCCGGUAGCAUAAAUUUAUCUGUGGUAGAAAUGAAGGAAAAGGAAAAUAUUACCACGACUUUAUGGUGGAGUACCAAGAAUCAGGGCGCCGAUUGGCUGAGAGCAGAAUAUAUAUUGCCGAAUAUAACUUCAAGAUAUUACUUGCAAUUUGAGGCUCGCAUGGGCAUGCGCAUUUACUCCGAUGUGGCUGUGGAUGAUUUCUCUUUGUCCCCCGAAUAGCUUUGGCAUUAAUAUACCACCCGACAUUUGAAUGGCUAUAAUUAUUGGAAUGUUCGUCAUACGAAAAGUCCUACGCAUAAAGAUUUUACGAAUCAUAAUUACCUGGAACUGGGCACCUGUGAUAAUCGAGGCAUGUUAGGACCAACGCAAUCGCAAUGUGAACACUACUAUAGCACACACAAUCGAAGUCGAGUACUAAAAGAGGUGAAAGUAGUGGAUGAAAUACCCUAUAAGGGAAUGCAAAAAUGGAAGGUGCCGCACGAGGGCUUCUAUACUUUCAUAGUCAAGGGAGCCAGUGGUGGUUUGGGUUCUGGCGGUGUGGGUUCCUCACGUGGUGCUGUAGCAGUGGCUGUGUUGGAAUUGCACAAAAACGAGGAAUUGUAUAUUUUGGUAGGACAACAGGGGGAAAAUGCCUGCAUCAAAUCUUUGGGCUAUAAGGAAGAUGGUUGUGGUUCUAGUGAUCCUGAUUUGGAUUUAAGUAAAUACAGUUUUACCUCUAAACAGCACAUGUUGAAAAAUAUGAAUUUGGAAUAUGGAGCUGGCGGAGGAGGAGGAGCUUCUUAUGUGUUUUUGUUGAACUCAGCGCGCAAUGAAGCUGUGCCUUUAAUAGUGGCCGGAGGUGGUGGUGGUUUGGGUAUAGGACGCUAUUUAGAUGAAGAUUUCCAACAUGGCCAAAAGGAUAAUUCAGCACGUAAAGGUUUAACGGGCCAGAUAAAUGGUGAGCCUUUACCUAAGAAAAUAGCGGGUCCAGGUGGGGGCUGGCGUGCCAAUAUUGAUCAGGCUUUAGAUCCUAAAUUUGGUGCAGCUCUUUUGUUGGGAGGACGUGGUGGCUUUUCUUGUUAUGUAGAUCUGGAAAAUAAUGGCUCAAAUGUUAAACGUCAUGGUCAGGGUGGUUUUGGUGGCGGUGGUGGAGGUUGUUAUACAGGAGGUGGUGGCGGCGGUUAUGCUGGAGGAGAUGUUUAUCUCAAUCAAUCGAAUGGUGAAGGAGGCACUUCUUAUAUAACCACAACGCGCACUUUAAAGGAACUAAAUGCUAUAUAUGAGGGCUCUAACUUGGGAGCAGGUUCAGUGAUUAUAAUACCCGCCAUAGAGGGCUGUGGUUGUGAUUAUAGAUGUUUAGCUUUGGAUGAAUAUCGAUCAUCGGUGAAAUGUAUUUGUCCUGAGGGUUGGCGUAUACGCAAGGAUAAUUCUUCUUCGUGUGACAUGCCCAUAACCGAGUCUAUACCUUUGAAAUAUUUGAUUUCCUUCUUUACCGUUUUAAUGCUUUUGCUAAUCGCCUGUUUGGCGGCUUUGAUUGUGAUGUUAUACAACCGCUAUCAACGCAAGAAACUGGCCAAACAGCGUCAUAAGAUGUUAAUGCAACAGGAUAUGCAAUUGACCCGUUUAAGACAUAAUUUGGAUGAAAAUAACUUGAAUAAUUUCAAUCCUAAUUAUGGCUGUGAUGAUCUUAUCAAUGGCACCAUUAAUGUUCAAAGUCUGCCUCAGGUCGCAAGGGAAAGUUUGCGUUUGGUGAAACCUUUGGGCCAGGGUGCUUUUGGUGAAGUCUAUCAGGGUUUGUAUCGUCAUCGUGAUGGUGAUGCUGUUGAAAUGCCUGUAGCCGUUAAAACUUUGCCCGAAAUGUCCACGCUGCAGGCCGAGGAAGAUUUCCUUAUGGAGGCUGCCAUUAUGGCUAAAUUUAAUCAUCCUAAUAUGGUCCAUUUAAUAGGUGUUUGCUUUGAUCGUCAUCCUCGUUUCAUAGUGUUGGAACUUUUGGCCGGUGGUGAUCUUAAGAAUUUCUUGCGUGAGGGACGCCACAAACCCGAUAGACCCUCUUCGUUAACCAUGAAAGAUUUAGUUUUCUGUGCUCUUGAUGUGGCCAAGGGUUGUCGUUAUAUGGAGAGUCAACGUUUUAUACAUCGCGAUAUAGCGGCGCGCAAUUGUCUGCUGAGUAGUAAAGGUCCUGGGCGUGUGGUGAAAAUUGCUGAUUUUGGCAUGGCACGCGAUAUAUAUCGUAGUGAUUAUUAUCGUAAGGGUGGCAAGGCUAUGCUGCCCAUAAAAUGGAUGCCUCCAGAGGCUUUUCUCGAUGGUAUAUUUACUUCCAAGACAGAUGUUUGGUCAUUUGGUGUAUUAUUGUGGGAGGUUUUCAGUUUGGGUUUAAUGCCCUAUACCGGUUUACCCAAUCCCGAGGUAAUGCAAUUGGUUACCAAUGGCGGUCGUUUGGGUACACCACCCGGCUGUCCUUCGGUAAUUUAUAAAAUUAUGGCCGAUUGCUGGAAUCCCACACCAGAAGAUCGUCCCACAUUCUCUAGUCUUUUAGAGAGACUAAAGGCCGUAACAGAGGAUCCCGCUGUUAUGAAUGCGCCACUACCACACAUCUUACGCCCGCCCUCCAAUGAACGAGAUCAAACAAUAAUACGACCGCAAGGAGUCGAUGACAUUUGUCUACAGGUACCCACAACAUCAGACUAUUUAAUCCCCUUGCCUGGGAUAACACACAAUCCUCAGCAACAAAUCAGCGAAAUGCAAAUUAGCGAAGCAACCACCAACACAAAUUCACCUGUGGUGGCAGCCGUAUCAACCGGAACCAAUGUUUGUACCCCGCCUGGAGUAUCCUCACCCUCGGCCCCUUGUUGCGGCCUAAAAGAGGGUGAUUGCGAACAGAGUCUUAAUACGAAUAAUGAGGGCAGUUGGGAGACUUCGUUUAUAUUGCCCAAUUCGAAGAGUGAUCAACCGUUGUUGAAUCAAACAAAUGGUUCACAGAAAAGCAUAAAUACCGUAUCAAUGGGUGCACCGGGUCCCGGUAAUACUAGUGGCUAUAGCAGCAGUAGUCAGCGUUCACCUGUUUCCAAUGGCUUAAGGACAAUACACAACAACAAUAACAACAGCAGCAAUUGCCAUAAUAGUAAUGGCAAUAGCCAGAGCACUACAGCGUCUACGCAAAUGAAUCCGAACGAAGAGACCACACUCAUUAGUUUGGAUACACCACAGCCGACACCGACCACCAUACAACCGCCAUUAUCAUUCUCAUCCCAGCUGGAUGGUAUAACCUUAGAUCCGGCCGCUUUAACAAAGAGUCUGAACAAUACCGUAACAGUUCCAAAUACAAAUACAACAAAUACUACUACAACAACUCCUAAUAAUAAGCACUCCUCGUAUGCCAAUAUUCAAAUGAUGUCCAAUUCGGUGGGCAAUCUGAAAGGACACUGCACUGCUGGCGAUCCCAGCAAUGGCAGCUCGCCCAACAACAGCAUGCUGCUGAUGGGCAGUGGCAGUGAAAAGCUUAACUGCAGUAUUUUACACAAGAGCAGUAAUGGUCUGAAUGUUAAUAAAAUGAAUGGUAAUCUAAAUAAGCCGGGUGCAGCUGUAGCGCCGGUAGUGGGCGUGGGUGCUAAUGCCCCGCCCUUUACCAUACAAGGCUAUAGCGAGCGUUAUAAGGAUAAACAUUCAGAGAUAAGUUGUUAAAUUUAUAAUAAUUUUCCUUUUACGUUUUUCGUUUUUUUUUGGCAAGAGUUAGCGAAAUUAUAAAACAGCGAAACACAUUUUUUUUAUAUUUAAAUUUAACGGCUAAACACAGCAAAAGCUCGGCAAACCGUUAAUGUGUAAGUAACAGUAAGUUAGUUAAGAGAGUAUUAUAUUAAGUCUACAAAAAAAGAAAAAAGAGAAAGCUUUAAAAGCAUUAAACUCUUAUUUAUCAAAGAAACUCAUUUUCCCUUUAAUUUUAUUUUUCGUUUUUUAUAUAAAAGAAAACCUUAAAAAAAACACACAAAGUUAAGUUUUCUUUGUUUUUUUUUGUCUUCUUUUGAAUGGUGGUGUAUACAGGGUGUGUUGGUUGUAUUGUUACUAAUGAUUAAAAACAAAUAAAAUAAAAAUAAUUAAAAAUUUAUCUAAAUAAUAAAAUCAUUAAAUAAAAAUUUAUAUAUUUAACGAUAAAUUGAAAAAUUAUUAUAAUUUACAUAAACAAAAAAAAAAAGAGAAAAAUUAUAUAUUAAUUGUAUUAAAUGUAGUGAGUGUGUGUAUUUAGUGUAAAAAAAAAACCAACAGCAACAACAAUUUAGUAUUAUUUAACUAACAAAAAUGAAAAUUAUUAAAAAAAACUCCUGCAAAUAAGUUAAAAAAAAAACAAUUUGUACAAAAUAAAAACAAUUAAGGUUUAAAUUAAACAAACAAUACUUUAAAGCUUUCCAUGUAAAAGGAGAAAAAGCUCAACUUUAUUAACAGUUUAAGCUUUAGCAGAGAGAACGGUCAACCUAUAGACAGUUUCUACUCUCGCGGUUAAGUUUUCGUUAACUAUCGUUACAGAACUAUAUACUCGACUGGUUCUUUCGGCUUAAAACUUUCGUUUAAACUUUUUUAAACAUUUCCAGAGAAAAGAGAAAUGAUUCAGAAUUACGUCCAGUCAAGAAGUCCAGACUACAAAAUAAACAAUUGUCGAUAUCAUAGACUUAGCUAUAGUUUAGUCGAUAGUAUAGAUUCAGAUUAAAGAAUAGACUACACUACAGACAAUAUACUAGACUAUAGUCUAGAUUAUGGACUAAGCCAUAGCACAGACUAAAUACUAAACUUUAGUCUUCAAAAUAGAAUAUAGUCCAGACUAUGGAUUAAACCAGAGUUUAAAUAUUAGUAGAUGCUUUUAUAUUUUUAUUUUUGACUUU